UCCUAGAGCUUUGGAGGCCACCCAGAGGAGUUUAGGUUUUAUAAUGUAGUCCAGGUUGCGACUUUUUGCAAACUGUUUAUUCAUACAAUGUACUUUGUUGAGUAUACUAUAUGCAGAUAUUAUUCUAGGCCCUGAGGAUGCGGCAGUGAACAAAACAGUGCCUACCUUGGCAGAGCUGACACCCUGGUGGGUGAGACAGACUAUAAGCCAAGUAAAUAAGUGAAGUACAUAUCCUAGGUCAUGUGAUAUGUGCAUGGAGAAAAAUAAAGCAGAGAGAGUGGAUCUCCUGAUGACAGGGUGCAGCCCCAUGUCUGCCAUGCAGUACAUUGUGGGUGUGCCCCCGGUACUAGUGCGGAGAGGCCUCCUUGGAAGGGACAUCUUGAUGACCAGGACUUUGUGCAGCCCAGGCCCCAGCCAGCCCAGAGAAAAAAGACCUGAAGAGGUGGCCCUUGGGCUGUACCACCGCCUCUCAGUGCUGGGAAGAGCCGUGGGGCACAGCAUUCAACAGCGAGUGUCCUCCACAGCCAAGACAUGGUGGGAGAGAUAUGAAGAGUUUGUCGGACUCAAUGAGGUUCGAGAGGCCCAGGGAAACGUGACUGAGGCAGAGAAAGUGUUCAUGGUGGCUCGAGGGCUUGUCCGCGAGGCUCUGGAGGACUUGGAGGUGCAGCAGGCCAAGCUGAAGGAGGUGAGGGACCGCUUGGACCGCAUCUCCAAAGAGGACAUCCAGUACCUGGAACUGGCUACUCUGGAGCACAGGAUGCUGCAGGAGGAGAAGAGGCUCCGCACAGCCUACCUGCGUGCUGAGGACUCCGAACGAGAGAAGUUCUCCCUCUUCUCUGCAGCUGUGCGGGAAAGUCAUGAGAAGGAGCGCACGCGGGCCGAGAGGACCAAAAACUGGUCCCUCAUUGGGUCAGUCCUGGGCGCCCUGAUUGGUGUGGCUGGCUCCACCUAUGUGAACCGUGUGCGGCUACAGGAGCUGAAGGCCUUACUCCUGGAGGCACAGAAGGGACCCGUGAGCCUCCAGGAGGCCAUUCGAGAACAGGCAUCCAGCUACUCCCUCCAGCACAGGGACCUCCAUGACCUCAUAGUGGACCUAAGGAGCCUGGUACAAGCCGAGCCGGGGCAGAGCUCUGGGUCUCAGGCAGGUACUUCCCCCCCGCAAGUCAGAGACACAGAUGUCCUCUCAGCUGCCCUGAAAGAGCAGCUCAGCCAUUCCAGGCAGGUCCAUUCUUGUCUAGAGGGUUUACGAGAGCAGCUUGAUGGCCUGGAGAAGACUUUCAGCCAAAUGGCUGGGGUGGUUCAGCUUGCAAAGGCUGCAGACGGAGCUCUGCCUGGCUCCUCGCUGGAGCAAGGGAGCACGAUCCUGGUGAUGUCGGACAUGGAGCAGAGGCUAGAAGCCCAGGUCAAUAGGAACACCAUCUACAGCACACUGGUCACCUGUGUGACAAUUGUGGCCACAAUGCCUAUGCUCUACAUGCUGUUCAGGGCCAGCUAGCCCCUGGCCCCUACUCCAAGCAGUGAAAUAAGCCUUAGGAGGCGCACACAACCUCAGCCUGAGUCUGAGUACCGUCUGUGUGGCUCACCAGCCGGCACACUUUCCUUUGCAAGCAGUGCUCAUUUAUAUUAAUCAUGAAAACUUUGUACUAAUGUAUCAUUAAAAUGUCUUUGAGUUUGUGUUAUUUAAAGUAA